UCUAGUGCUCCUGGUUCCGGCAAAUCUACGCUCGCCUACCCGCUUACCGCCCACCUCAAUGCUGUCCUCAGUGGGCGACCGGAAAAGACCUUCGCUGUCGACUCGAGUACCGGUCUUAUCCCUUCCAUGAAAGCUGGACCAUCUUCACUUCCAGAAUCACCAAUCUCAGCGGGUGGAGGAGGAGACGAAGUAGCCAUAUGCGUCGGCCUGGAUGGCUGGCAUCACUCCAGGAAGGAGCUGGACAAAUUCGAGGAUCCCGACCACGCUCAUUUCCGGAGGGGCGCCGCCUUCACCUUUAAUCUCCCCUCUUACCUCUCCUUUGUCCAAAGACUCCGCAUACCGCUCUCCCCUUUACCCCCACCCCGCGCCAUCCCCUUCCCCACCUUCAACCACGCCCUGAAAGACCCCACACCUUCACCAAUCUCCAUCUUACCCCCACACCGGAUAGUCAUCAUUGAGGGGCUGUACACCAUGCUGGACCGGCCAGGAUGGAGGGAGUGUGCGGAGAUGAUGGAUCUGCGAGUAUGGGUGGAGACGGAUAGGCAGGUAUGUCGGGAGAGGGUCAUCAGGCGGAACUUCGAGGCGGGGAUAGUGGAUGAUCUCAAGGCGUGUGAAGAGAGAGUAGUGGACGCAUCGGACAUGGUCAAUGGUGACGAAGUCCGCCAGAACCGCUAUCUGCCUACAGAUAUCAUCGAGCCGAAAGACGAUCUCAGCCUAGGCAAUGGGAAUGCAUCAACGUGA